UUCUGAAAAUCAAUUCAAAAAAUUUUGGAAAAAUGGAAAUAGAAAGAACAGGAAGCGACAUGGAAAUGGAGAGAGAAGAAGAAGAUGACGAAGAAACUCAACUUUUGAAGGAUCGUUUUCGUCUUUCCGCCAUUUCCAUUGCCGAUUCUGAAGCCAAGAAAAACGGAAUGCAACCAUCUGAAUCCAUUGUUGCGUGUAUUUCCAAUUUGGCGUUUAAUUAUGCUGAGCAUUUGGCCAAGGACCUUGAACUAUUUGCACACCAUGCUGGUCGUAAAUUGGUGAAUACUGAGGAUGUUAUACUUGCAGCCCAUCGAAAUGAGAACCUUUCUCUAUCAUUAAGGACCUUCUGCAAUGAUCUAAAAGCCAAAGAACCUCAGUCAGAGAGGAAGCGGAAGAAAGCUUCUAGGAAAGAGGACAAAGCUACAACAAGUGCACUUGAAACUGCUGAACUCUUAAGAUAGCUGCAGUGAUGAAGGAAGGACUUUGACGUCUCUUUAAGCUAUUGAAUGGAAGGAUAGUUCGGAGCUAUGUCUAAUAUGUGGGCAUUGAGCCCAUGAAGUGGUCACAUUGAGUUUAGACGAAGAGAUAGUUUCAAGCUCUGUGAACGCUUCGUUUUUCCCCUUAUCGAUUUUGUAUAGGUUAGUAACAGGUAGCAUAUGUUUAUAUGAGAAUGU